AAAAAAGAACUGAAUAAAUGAGUCACAACCACAACUCCCACUUCAAUAACAGUAGAUUCAAGAUGGCGGCUGAGGGCGAGUACGAGUCGAUCCUGUGCGUGAAGCCCGAUGUCAACGUUUAUCGCAUCCCGCCGCGAGCCUCAAACCGCUCGUACAGGGCAGCGGACUGGAAGCUGGAUACUCCAGACUGGUCUGGUCGAAUGAGGAUCACAGCGAAGGGCAAAGUGGCGUAUAUCAAACUGGAGGACAAGGUCUCAGGGGAGCUGUUUGCCCAGGCACCAGUUAAGGAGUAUCCCGGCAUUGCAGUGGAAACGGUGAGCGACUCCAGCCGAUACUUUGUUCUGCGGAUACAGGAUGACAACGGUCGCAGCGCUUUCAUAGGUGUUGGCUUCGGAGACCGGGGGGACGCUUUUGAUUUCAACGUCGCUUUGCAGGACCAUUUCAAAUGGGUGAAACAGGAGAAUGAAAUCAGUAAAAGCGCUCAGCUGGGAGAUUCAGGACCGAAACUGGACUUGGGCUUUAAAGAGGGACAGACCAUCACACUCAACAUAGGGCAAGGUAAAAAGAGGGAUAAGCCCCGCCCACAGGGCUCAGGAGGGUUUGGACUUCUCCCACCACCACCCGGAGGCAAGAUAGCCCCGCCCACUUCAUCAGGCUCAUCCAAUCACAACAUAGUCCCUCAGACGGGCGGCACAGCGACAGGCUGCCUGCUGGAGCUCGACAGCAGUAACUCUAACACAGUGGUUCACUCAAACCCCGGUUCAGAUCUGUGGGGAGACUUCUCUGCUCCUGCAAGCUCCGUUCCACCACCGUCGCGACCACAGGACACGGGAAACUGGAUCCAGUUUUGAGACGUCGGCCGUGACGUCGAUCGUGAUUUCCAUCUCACCUGCAUCUGUGUCUGUAGCUUCCUGUGCGUCACACUGAGAUUAACUCCCUCACACUGAUCCCAAAGCAGAGACGUGAAACAUCACAGAGCUGUAGAAACAACUCAUGGCAUCAUUUCGUUCAGAAAGAAUCAAAGUUCUUUCAGAUAAUCUUGGCAGGAAAUGAAGCAUUAAUGUGUUAAAGCCAUUACCUAUAACACUUAAGGGCUACGUGUGAUGUCCUGAGCUCCUCUUAAAUGUCUGCAUCGCCUCCCAGUAGAAGGUUUUUGUCUCUGCAGCAGCUCCCCCUGCAGGCACUGCAGAGCACUGCAUCUCAACAAAAGGCACGAGAGCUUUCUGUAACCUGCUGAGAACGAUGUGCAAAGAGCUGCAGUGUUAAGCUGAAGAGUGAGGGCUGCGUUAACUAAAUCAAACAUCCUCAAGUUGCCACUUAAAUCUUGUUUUUGUUCAUAAGCCUUUCUGUUUUACUCCGUUUCCACCGAAAUGGAGAUUUCAUCUUUUUCCUGAAUCGUUUUCGAGUCGCAGCAGCAGUUUCUCUGACUUAUUAAAUAUAAAUAUGACAGAAAUAAUAGUUCCAGACACAUAACAGUAUUACCUCGUUUGCAAGAGUUUUAGUUUUUCACCAAGAAAAGCAGAAUCCUUGGGCUGAACAGGGAGAUGAAAUGACUCCCACACCCUCACACUGUGAAUCGAGGCCUCGUCCACACGUCUCUGAAUUAGUUUCUUUAAAACAACUGAGUUUAAAGAUGCAACCUCAAAAUGUUUGGAUGAGCUUUGCUUUACGGGACAUGAAAAUCACUUUGUCCAGGAUCCAAAUCUUCUCCACAGGAAUCAGGAGUUAUCCUCUGUACAGUAUUUAGAGACUUUAUGAAAUCACUGAGCUCACUUAAAGUGGGAUGAGACACAGCAGGUAAAACAUUUCAAGACGUAUCCACUGAAACAUACGGGGAACGUUAACAUUCCUCUCUGCUGUAUUUAAUCUAUAAAUUUAUGUUUACAAUUUACAUAUUUGUGUUUAUGCUUCAUUUUCAGCAGGCUUGUUUUGUUCUAUCAACAGCCAAAUCCAGACAUGUAUUCAUUACUGUCGGUUACCUACAUUUUACAUACUUUUACUGCUUUGUUUUUAAAAGAAUUAAAUAAGCUAAGAAUUAGAUAUAUCACAACAAACAGUGCAGGAAUUUACAGCACGGGUUCCGUAUGAUGAACCUGUCCGACAUGAGGCUGAAACCGGGAGCUUUGACGGCAGGUUCAGACUAUCUGAGGAAAUAAUUUGGAAGCUAAAGGACUAUUUUAACGUUUUAGGGAAAUACACUUUUUUUUUGCUUUCUCUCUGAGCGUCUGAAGAUGGAUACCACUCUCAUGUCUGUGCAUUCAAUCUGAAACUGGAGCCAGCAGCUGGGUAGCUUAGCUUAGCAUAAAAACAGCUAAUCUGGUUCUGAACACAGUGUGCCUGCCAGCACCUCUAGGUCUCACUAGCCAACACAUUGUGUCUUGUUUAUUUAUUUUCCCAAAAUGUCGAACAGUUCCUUUAAUUUACUUAACACUAAACAACGUUCUGCGUAAAGGAAAGAACCUUCCUGAAACUGUCAUCCCCAUGUGGCUUCUUUCAGACUGUAAAAUGAGACCCGUGUUGAUGUGAAGACACAAGUCUGAAGGUGGGACAAACAAAAUGAUUGUCUUACUUCCUCUGAUGAAUGUCAUCGAUUGUGAUCAGCUUUCUUUGCAGAGAUUUUUAAGGUUAUCUCGUUAAGGUUUAAGGUUAAUCUCAUGCACUGUAUUUGAUUGGCAUUAAGAAAUGGAGCCGAUUGAUAUAUAUGAUAUGUGUGUUGUGUUUACAUAUUGCUGGCUUAAAUAUUAUAAUGUAUUUCAUUUCUCACUCAUUCCACUCUGGAUGUAAAACCACAGGACUAACACUUUUGAUUUGUGACCAGUUUCAUGAGAAAGAGGCAAUAAAUCCUUUCAAAGGA